AUGAAAAACAGCUCAUUUGGAAUAAGUUCUCCACUAACACUGGAGACAUUUUUUAUUCCACCUGGAGGAAAGUAUCCAAUAUUUUUUUUGGGUCUAGUCAUUUACUUGUUUGGAAUGUCAUGCAACCUGACUCUGAUAUCUUUGAUUAUUCUGAAGAAAAACCUUCACAAGCCUAUGUAUUUUAUCUUGAUUAGUCUGCCGGUGAAUGAUCUAAUAGGAAUAACUGCCAUGCUUCCAAAAAUACUUUCAAAUAUUGUUACAGAGACUCAGGAAGUUUCCUAUCCGCUCUGUGUUCUGCAAGCUUUUCUUCUGCACAUGUGCGCCGGUGGAAUUUUGUUUGUUCUUGCAGCAAUGGCGUUUGAUCGUUACAUUGCCAUCUGUAUGCCAUUACGUUACAGCUCUGUCAUGACUCCAAGGAUUGUUGCUCUUAUUAUUUUCCUGGUAUGGAGUUCUGACUUUGUUUGUAUCCUGUCACUAUUUUCUCUUCAGUCCGGGCUGACCAGGUGCAGAUCUGUAAUACUGAAUGUAUUUUGUGACAACCCGUCUCUCCUGAAGCUCACGUGUGGGAACUUAAUUCUCAACAACAUAAUUGGGCUAUUUAUCACAGUUUUCAUACAAGUUCUAAGUAUGUCUAUUCAGGCCUAUUCUUACUUUAAAAUUCUGGUUGCAUGUUUGAGUAGGAAGCAAUCUGAUGCAAAGGCAAAAGCAGUGAACACAUGUGUUGCACAGGUGGUUAUUCUUGUCAUGUUUGAGAUUGCAGGAACUUUCACUGUUUUAUCGCAUAGGUUCAAAGAUAUUUCCCCUGACUUACAAAAGGUAAUGGGGAUGCUAAUGUUUAUUUUACCUCCACUUAUUAACCCUAUUGUGUAUGGCCUAUAUACCAGUGAAAUACGUAGAACCUUUCUGAGUGUCUUCAAGAGCAGAAUAUCUUUUUGA